UAUAUAUGUGUAUAUAUAUAUAUAAUAGCUCAUUUUUCGCAAACGAAUCAAGACACGAGACAUAACAUUUCAUCGUAUAGUUUCAAACAACUUCGAUAUUUCAAAGAGAACGAUACAAACUAAAUUCAAGCGACGUAUAAAAAUUGUACAAGUAUUUUCAGAAUCGUGUAACAAGAAUUCACGGCGUGAAACAUUUUAUCACGAGUAUCAAAGAUUCGAUAACAUCGUAGAAAACAAAUGUUUACGUUAAGCGACGUUGUCGAAACAAUUUUUGACAAAUAACGCUUUCCAUGUUGUUACUCCUCGAAUUAUCACGAUAAAAUACGAGGUUUAUCGGGUGAAAAUUUACAAAAUUUUAGCAAAUAUUCAAAAAUCUGUCGAUUCAUAUUUGGAUAGCGGGAAAGUUCUACGUCGUAGUUGUCAAGCGAACAUACAAAGUGAAAACGCGAUCAUCAAGAUACAGAGCGAAGUAAGAGUACGUCAAGUUGCAGUUUAUAAGGAUAUCUGUAAUUUAUCGAACAAAAAACACGUAAAUUAUUUUUGUCAAGAUCGUCGAUCGAGCAGGAAUGAAAAAUGAAAUUUCAGUUACCCACGAGUAAACGUACGUACCUUUCACGUAUCAUACUUUUCAUCGAUUCGUUCUAUAAAUAAAACAUUUCUUUAUUUAUUAUUGCCAUAAUUAUUACUUUAUUCGACCGAGUUUGCUCGAACUUGCAUACACAAAAUACUCGUAUGUUAUAUAAAAAAGGGAUAAAAAGACUUUUUGCAAGACGAUAUCAAACACGAUACGAUACGGUACAGAUUAUUUCGACAACCGUUCGAAUCAGUUCAAACAUCGAUGAUAAAAUCUUUAAUCGGAAGUUUGAUUCAAGUAAACACGGGACAAUCGAAUUACGCAGGAAAUAGAACGUACAUUCAUCACCGUCAAAACUUUCCUCCUAAUUCGAAAUUUUCCUUGAAAAGUAGACGCUUUUGUUAUAAUUUAAACUCUUUAACUGCAUUUCAACGACAAUCGGCACUGUAGAAACUGACAAUUUUUGAAACGAACAUUAACCACCGAAAAUUAACCACGUAUCUUUUAUAUUUUUUUAUUUAAUUUAACUCAACGCACAAAUAUAACACGAGCGAGAUAUAAACUGAACGAAACGAAUCUGAAAAUCGAUCUUAAUUUAUAAAAUAAGAUACUUUCUCUCCGACUUGGAUAAAAAUUAUGCAACGACUCGUCGAUUAAUUUCAAUUCGCCAAUCAAACGCGUAUCUUGCUUCAAUUCAGCACGAUCGUAUUGUCAUACAUCGCAUACUACGUUCUACGUACGCAGUCAACUAAUCGUUCGAUAAAUUUGGGAUAAAUUUUAGAAAGACCGUAAGUGUAAUUCCAAAGCACGCAUGUCAAAAUUCGCGCCGGACAGACUACCGCAGCGCUUGCUUCAUUACCUCGCUGUUUUAUAUAUUUACACAGUUGACUUUCGAAUCAGUUUAGUUGCUAUUUCGCGUCAAUGGCUUUUACAAGUUUGGACGUUUUGAAAUUGCGUAGACAACGAUAUCGAAUGUCAUGGACAGUGACAGCUCUUUUUUAGUUUGACAAGACAGUUUGUAUCUCGGUGAUUUAAUACCGAGACAUUACGAUCGAACGUUCACGCAAUUUCAUCGUAUUUAAUUAUUGAAAUCCCCUUUCAACAGUUCACUGCAAGUGUAUACAAUUUUCGGCGAAUUAAAAUUUACCAAUUGCUAUUACUGUUUUAUCGAGUGUUAUUACCGACUAGUGUUUAGCGGGCAAACCAGCGUAAAACGUACGAUGCAUUUGUUUAGAAAAACAUAAUAUACACGUACGUGGGUGAUUGACCGUACAUGCACAGUACGCGUUGCAUCGAUGUUAUUCUUAUGCAAUUUUAAACAAUAUCGAACAAUAUCAGACUCGACGAGAACCAAGAGACGAACAAUGGGCACAAUUACUUUCACAUCGUGAAAUAAGUUACAUUCCACGAUGUACGUCUGGAGGUAAAAGUUGAUGCGAAAGAAAGAGUUACGAUCAAAUAUGACUGGUUCCUCGGAGAUGGAUACGAACAAACAAACAGAAGACUCCAACAACGUUCCGAAUAAUGGAAAAUCUGAAAGUUCAGAUUCAAUAGAGGUGGAUAAUUCACGUACAGUUCUGUUAAAAAUAGCAACGUUAUACGCAGAACGUCUUAUGAACGACAUCUGUCUCGUCGUUAACGGUACGGAGUAUCCAGCGCAUCGCCUUAUACUUUGCGCUUCUAGCGAUGUUUUUCAAGUAAUGUUAAUGAGUCCUCAGUGGAGCGAGUCUCAAGAAAGUAGAGUAACCCUCCAAGAAACGCCACAAUGUGUACCUAUAUUUAGUGAGUUUUUGCGAUACUUUUAUACCGGUCAAAUAAGAAUCAAUUACGGUGUUGUUUUACCAAUAUUGUCUCUAGCCGACAAGUACAACGUCGAGGAUUUAAUAUCACUGUGCCUUGAUUACAUGCAGAAUCAUAUCGCGUUAGCCGCCAUACACGGCACGCUAGUAUCGUGGCUACAAUACACGUCGAAUUGCGGCCAUCGCGAUAUCACGCAAGCAUGUCAGAACUUUAUCAAGUGGAAUUUGGAAUUGGUGGCUAAGACCGCGGACUUUGGAAAUUUCGAUUUGGAUAUAUUAGUAUCGUUGUUACAUCAGAGUAGCUUGGUAAUAAAGGACGAAAUGACACUGUACAAAUGUUUGGAAUCUUGGCUGGAUCAUCAGACAAAUCGCUUGAAAUGCCAACUGUCGCACGACGAAUUGGAAGCUACGCUGGAACAAUUGGUGAUAGCCGUGAUGUCCCCCGUUAGAUUUCCAAUGAUGUCUCCUCGACAAUUGGCGGAAUUACUCUUGUUUCCCUUGACGAAGAGAUACAAGGAAUUCUUCGUAGAACGUAUGUCCAUAGGAAUGUCGUUUCAUUCCGGUCAGUUGGACAGAGUCAGAGAAGUGAGUUCGAACGAAGAGGACGGUGCGUUACUCUUCGAACCAAGAUUGUACACCGUGGAUACUUGCAGUUCGCUACUGACGAUAGAAAAUUUCCACGGUUUACCCUCGUAUCAUACGAGAACGCUCGUAUUUUCAAGUCAUUCGUGUUUAGCAGAGUACGCCGGCGACCGUGCGUGCGAAUGGAUCGUAGAUAUAUAUCCGAAAGGGGUCUGGUUCAAAAAGUUUUUCCUAAUAGUCUGGCAAGGAACCGUCGAAAUGCCCGAACACGUGAAACGUUCGGUUCGAUUGUCACUCACGUGUAAAGAACCACCUGUGAAUAGCAACGCCGAUAUGCGAGUAAAAAUAGGCGUUUUAAUAUACGGUCUGCAGGACGGCGUGGAACAUAUUGCCAGAGUAACGGAAAUCAUUCACAGAUUUAGCAAGAAAGAGCGUGUUCUCAACUUGGACGAUAUUCUGCCGUUCGAGGAACUCAACCCGCAGCAAGGUUCCGUCUCGGAGAAUACGUCUCCCUUCCUCGUAGGUCCAAACAAAGAUAUGCUCAAAUUACACAUUGUUAUAUCGCCAGCUAAUCAGGACAAGUAGAUGUCUCUCUCUCUCUCUCUCCUUAAGUUGUAUCAGAAACGAAAUCUCGUUCGAACGCAUCGAACUCGCGCGUCUUUGUUUGUCAAAUCUUCGAUGUAUGUAUGUAUGUAUAUAUAUCUUAGAAUCUUUCUUCUUUCGGUAAAUCGACAUUUCAACGUCAAGACUACGGUAAAAUUUUGUAUUUAAAAACGUCACGUGUCUAAUAAAAUGUUAAAAAAUUUCAAUGCCUCGCCCAUUCGAGCGUCAUUACAUUCGUCUUCUUUUCGAAGGAUGUAAUCGGCCGUUAUCGAUCAUCGAGGAUCGUUUGAAACAAUUUAAUUUUCAAGGCGUCUGUACAGGCGAUUGACAGCAAGUUUGUAUUUACCGCUCAAGGCUUCACCGUUGAAGGAAGAACCAAGGUAUCGUUUUUACAAAAGUAACGACCAUCUUUUGCACAAAUUUAACGUUUCGUUCGUCGAACGAUCCUCUUCUAACAUCUAAAGAAAAUAUCCUUCGUAACGCGUGCUUACGACGAUGCAAGCGUUCAAACGUUUCAACAAUCGGUAGUUCGGAGACACGUAAUCAAAAAAGGAUGGAACGUCGCGAUCGAGCGUUUGAAUUUUAAAAUCAAAUAAUUUCUAUAAUUUCGUUCGGCAAAUCUCCGUCGAUCGAUCAAACGGAUAAACUCAUUCGCGACGAGAAUAACAACUACUCUUCCAUACUCUACUCUACGUAAAGAAAAUAUGCGAACCUUCGUAAGAAAUUUUGAACGUCGUUCGAGCGAAAAUCUUCAACGGGUUAAAGCAUCUUUAAAUCGAUCGUAUUUAAAGUCGCAAAUUUUUACUAAAAAUGCUGAAACAUCGUCGUUGCACCAUAGCGGAAAAUACAAGCUUUCAGUUCGACGCAACAGGUGGUAAUAAAAAUUAUCAAACAACCAUAGAAUUCACGUUACUCGAGAGAGCCGACUGCCGACGUCAAAUCGCGAAACAUUUGAAACGCAGUGAAUAAUAUAUAGCACAUUGUAUAUACGUGUACGUAUAUAUUUAACAAUACAAACAUAACAAGAACAUCGUUCUGUUUCUUUCGUCAAGUAAAUUUACCAUUAACUCAGUCUCUAAUUUUUUUACGCAAUCGAUCAAGCGAUAGAUCUACGUUGUCUCUGACAGUAAAUAUCUUUAAACUUUAGUCUUUAAUCGUUUUAAUUUAUCACUCUCGUUUCAUCUCGUACGACUUUUAUAGGGAUAUUUUCGUUAAACCUAUACAGCGCGUGUCGCACGUUGGUAUCGCAACAAAUCAAAGAUAGAGCGCGUCGUCUUUCCGUCAUCGACUAUACGAACUAUUUACACAUCCAACAGCUCGUUCGUUCAAAGUUGUCGUUCGACGAAUCGUUUCAAACGUGCGCGCAAUCCACGUUUUUCGACGUGGAAAUCUUUCGUAUCGUUACGCAAAGCGUAUCGAACAAAUACAAUUUUACUUUCUCGAACAACGUAUAAUUUGUAUCUUUAUUCUCUCGUUCCAACUAAAUAUCAAUAUCUUUUGAUAUUUUAUCGACGUUGACAACGAUAUUUCGUUUCGAUCGAAACAAGAAACAAUGGAGUCGGACUACGACGAAGAUCGCGGAGCUUGGACGGAAGAAACGACAAGAAGCGAAGAUUGCACGGGCGAAGAUAAUUUCGACAAUCCUCAAGAGAUAUUAAACGAAUGCUUGGAUAAAUUUAAAACGCCAGAUUACAUCAUGGAGCCUGGUAUAUUUGCACAACUUAAAAGAUAUUUUCAAGCUGGUGGAAACCCGGAACAAGUGAUAGAAUUGUUAUCUAAAAAUUAUACAGCUUGCGCUCAAAUGGCAAAUCUUCUCGCAGAAUGGCUUAUUCUCGCUGGAGUUAAAGUCACAGAUGUACAAGCAAUGGUAGAGAAUAACCUGAAAGACAUGAUAUUGAAAACGUUCGAUCCUAAGAAAGCAGAUAAAAUUUUUACAGAGGAAGGCGAAACUCCCGCUUGGUUAACGGAAAUGAUACAACAUCCUACUUGGAGAUCGCUCAUCUACAGACUCGCGGAAGAAUAUCCCGAUUGCUUGAUGUUAAACUUCACCAUAAAGCUUAUAUCCGACGCUGGAUUCCAAGGUGAAAUUACCAGCAUUUCGACGGCUGCGCAACAAAUCGAAGUAUUUUCACGAGUUUUAAAAACUGCAAUUGCUGGGUUUUUGCAAAAUACGGAAGAUUGGCAAUCGAGUAUACAAGAAUGUGCGAAAAUGGUAUGCCACGGACAACACACGUACGUCUACAGUCAAGUGUUGUUACAAAUUCUUGCGCAAGAGUCACGCGGAGGAUUCACGAUGAAAAGGCUUUCGCAGGAAAUUACCAAAUGCGCUCAGCAGAAGUGA